ACUCACUGCAGGCAAACUACCAUUUGACUUUGACUCAAGAGACUUCCCGUUAGUGUUUGCAGUCAGCGGCCAGAGUCCCACUUUGUUGUUUUAGUCAUGAGGAUGGGAAACAUCGAACUGUUCUGCGCUCACCUGCUUGGCUUGUAUCUUAUAUUUUCUCAUCCUCAUACUGAGGGCUGUGGGGACUUUGGUUCUCUACCACCAAAACCAAACAUUCGUAAUUUUAGUGACAAUCAAAGCCUUGUAGUGAGCUGGCCAAGGAACAGGGGAGCAUCAGAGAGCGACAUGUAUGAGAUCCAAAUCAGCCGCACAAAAAGUCGCACCAUUAUUUAUAAUAAAAAUGUGAGCAUACCUACCAGGGACUCAGGUUGGUCCACUUUGACAUGGAUCUCUGAUUUGCCGCUUGAGUGUGUCGAUCACUCAGUCAGGAUACGAAGUUUUUGUCAUCAAACUGCCCCCGGUCCUUGGAGCAACUGGGUAACCAACUAUGGAGCCAGAGCAGCAGAUGCACCCCUGAUAUUUCCUUCCAGCCGGUUACUGAAAGAGGGAAGCUCUGUCAUGCUCUGCUGUGUUCCCCCAGUGAAUGUAGACAUCACGCGCAUCACCUUCAGGAAGGACUCCUACACACUUUCGAACGUUGGAGAUGGGGUUAAAGCUAUUUUAGUGACCAAUUUGACAAUCCCAAACAUGCAGAUCCAAAAACUGUUUUUCAGCUGCAUUGAUUCAACCGGAAAGACAAGCGUAGUCAAGAACGAAGUAGGCUUCCCUCCUCAAAAGCCCAGGAACCUGAGCUGCACAACCUCAGACAUGAUGAACAUCACCUGCAUGUGGGACCCCGGGAGGAAACAAGUCCAGCUUAACAGUAACCAGAAUCACACACUCUACUUUGAGAACACAGGCUGGCCUUCAAUCCACUGUCAGCCACCAUCCUGUACUUUCUCAGCUGUGCCACAGCAGCAGGAAUACAACAUCCGUCUGGAGGUGAAGGAUCAGCUGGGAGUAGAGACAGCGACCUACAGCUUCAAUAUCUCUGACAGAGUGUCACCUGUGUUGGACCUGAACAGAGUGGAGUAUGGGGUGACAGACGUCAGCUUGUUCUGGACAGUAGAAGGGAACCUGACCCAGAACAUACUCCUUUGUCAGGUUUCUGCAGAAAGUGAAACCAACAGAGAGCUGCCUUGCAGCAGUGAGAAUGGUCUCUGCAAAAUGCAUCUGGAUGGCCUGCGUCCAAACAGGACUUACUCUGCUAAGGUGCGCUGUUCCAUCAAUGGGAGAUUUUGGGGACCAUGGACCGAGCCUGUACCAUUUAAAACACUGGUAACCUUGGACUUAUGGAGGAGAAUAAAGUACAGACCUGACUCAGACAUUCGUGAUGUCACUCUGCUAUGGAAGCCUCCUGCUAUUGGUACAGCAACCUCAGUGAAGAUCCAAAGUUAUGCAGUCCAGAGGUCACAGGAAGGUCAAACUGUGACAGAGCUGAAGGACAGCGGCCAGAGUCAGGCAGAUGUCCCGAUUGGUCCCAGCAGGUGUAACUUUACUGUUCGAGCUUUUCUCAGCAUAGGGUCAUCCAUCCCAGCCAGCAUCAUCAUCCCACCAAAGGAUGACUCAGAAAUCCGUCCAGUGAAGAAGCUCCUGAGCAGAACAGCUGAUGGUUUCCAUCUGUGGUGGAAUGAGCAGACUUCGGUCACCUGUGGUCACACUGUGGAGUGGUGCAUCUUGGGAAGCAAAGCACCCUGCACGCUGCAGUGGAUGAAAGUGCCUAAAGGAAACAGCACUUUCUUACCUGCAGGAUAUUUCAAACCAGGUCGGAGAUAUUCAUUCGAUAUUUAUGGAUGCACAGAUCAUGGGGACAAACUACUGGAGACACAGACUGGAUACAUUGAAGAGUGUGCCUCUGCGCAGCCCCCAAGAAUAAUUGAACCGGUUAAAAGGACAUAUGCAUCUGUGACACUGGAGUGGCACUAUGACGAAGAGGAUCCAGCUCAGCCGGCAUUCAUCAUUGGUUACCUGGUAACAGUGCAGGAAGUGCAGACUGAUGCUCGUUUAGGUCAUGCUGCAAUUUUAUUCAACGUUUCUGUGGAUGAUCCCCGGCAAAAGUCAGUAACCAUGGAGAGUCUGCAGCAGGACCAGGAAUACGUCUGCUCUGUGAGUGCUCUGACUACAGUUGGGCCCGGAGUACCUGCCAGCAUUACAGUCAGGACCAACGUUAACUAUUUUUCCCACUUAGCAAAGAUCUUGACUCCCAUCCUGCUCCUGCUGGGCUGCACCGUUCUGCUGUGGCCACAAAGGAAAAUGUUAAAAAAUGGACUGAGGGAGAUAUUUACUUAUCCUGCUGGUAUGAACAUCAAAACUCCUGAGUUUGAGAGCUUCUUGUAUGAGAGUUGUCAGAAGUUGCAGUCUCAGAGGGAGGAAGAGUGCAUCAGCUGUGACAUUGAAGUCUUGACAGUCAAACCUUUGCGGCAUGAAAGUCCAGUCCUGAGGGAUCCUGAGAGUACGAACACAACAUGCUCGCCUGCUCCUCAGUCGUCUCUUGCUCCUUCCUGUGUCCCACUCCAAACAGGCUACCGGCCUCAGUCUGCUGUCCUGCUCUGUCAGACACCCGCCCAUCAGCAACUGAUGUGCAUUGCAAACAAGAGCUACUUGAGCCCCAUCACUGAGUUUAGUGAAAUCAGCUCCAGCUUUGAGACUUCUGACUGCCAGCAGGGAUCAUGUGCAGGACUUUAUGGUUACAUCUCUGAUAGUUAAACGCCAAACGAGCAAUCUUGAGCCUUUUUGUUCUCCCAUUCAAGAGUAUAAAUACUCUAAAAGUGGAAGCAAAAUGUAAAAACGUAGUGCGCUGUUGUUUCUAAACCUCAUUUUGUGAUUUCUACCACACUCUUAACAUGCCUUAUUGGUGUGUGUUUGGCGUCAUAAUCUUUCAGAUUGCAUCACGGCACAGCAGUGAGAAACUGCACGAAAGCAACUCACUUUACAGAUCACGAUAAACACAGAGAAAACUAGAAGUUUUAUCUACAGGAUAUGAAGAGAGAGCAUGUAUGAGGUAGGACAGAUGCAAGGUGAAGAUUAGUUACAACAGUUUCAAAAACUAGAAAGUGAGAUAUAAUGUGAAACGUUCAUCUUAAAAACAGGUAAACUUUCUGGUUUUCAGGUCACACAUGGCAAUAAAACAUUUAAACUUUUAGUUGCAGAUUUAAUAUGAUGGUACAUGAAUGUACCCCUCUCCCCAGAAAAGGGUGCAUUGCAUUGAACAGGGGGUCAGUGACUAAAGCCAGAGGGAGAAACGUCCUUGCAAAGUAUGUUUGUGUUGGAAUGGACCAGUCAAAGUCCAGGCCUAAAUCCAAUUGAGAAUCUACGAUGAGAUUUGAAAGUUGAUGUUCACAGAUGGCUCAGUGUCUGAUGUGUCUGAGACUGAGUGGUCUGGCGAAGAAGAACAGAAAAACAUUUUAGUCUGUAGCUGUUAAAGAGACAGUGAAGACCUGCAGCUUUAACUGCAGUGUGGUUUCAUAAAUAUGUGACACUUUGUGUUGGUCUAUCACUUAAAAUACCAAUCAAAUAUUGAAAAGUUUGUUGUAAACUAUUUGCAACUAUUGUUAACUGUUUUGUGUUCCUGAAAUAAGAUAAAUUGUUUUUUGUGUUCUUUGGAGAAAAUACCAACUGAAAAUUGUGUUGGAAAAAGAAAAGUUCAGUAGAGAAAGGUCAGUUCCUUGUUUGUAAAUCCUGUGACGAAGGGACAUCAAUUUCACCGUAAAUAAGCAUACAUUAAUAUGAAAUAAUAAAGCCAUUGCACAUUAACUCCUGCUGUGUAGCAGCUCAGUAACAAGAUUCUUGUCUUCUAAAAUAACCCACAAGCUGCUGCUCUUGUUUUGUACAAGAAGGGAUUUUGCAGGAAAACACACAAAGCAGAUUCUUCAGAGCAAUCAGCUGUUAGUUUCAUUUGUAACUAAUUUCAUAUGAAACUAACAGUUUCAAAUGAAACUCUUAGUUUCAUUUGAACCAAUGUUAAAUUUGUGGGCAAAGAACUGCAGGAAAAAAAACCAAAAAACCUUUGAUCUUGUGUAUUUUUAUUUUCAAUAAGUAAUGUUUUAGACAAUGUCUUGCUGCCAAAAAAAUAACCAGAAGAAAGCAUUCCAGUUUAACUACAGUUUUCACCGUUAGUGCCCUCAUGCUGUAGGCUGUUGCCCAAAGCAAAAGGCUGGUGCACAAGCAUCAAAUGUUAAAUCCAUCAGUUAAUUGUGACCUGAAUAACUUUUCUAUUAUUUUUGUACAUGGAUAUUUGACAUGCCAGUUAUGUGUCCCUAUUUGCUACUGAGAAGAGAGUAAGUUAAAUGCUUUCUGCUCUGCAUCUUAUCCUGCCUCAGUAUCUCAAAUAACUUCUUGCGUUGUACGGCAGCAAUAGGAAGGGCGUCGCUUGUUUGAGCCAACACUGUUUUCUACCAUGAAAUGUCUGAGGUUUAUCUGUUCAUCUGGCUGUUUUGCAAAUGAAUGUUUUGCAAUCCCCAUAACAGACGCUUAUCUUUUAUCUUAUGUAUCAUUUUGUGCAUGGAAAGGAAAACUGUUCGGCGAGUUUCAUGCCAUUUAUGUCAUGUUAAAGGUACAUAUUGUGUCAAUAAAAAACAGCCAAAG